AUGCAGCCGUAUCAAGUCAAGUCUCAGAUGCAGAAAAAUGACGGUGGAGUCAUGUUCUGGAAUUGCAUAACAGCGGAGGGGCCUGGUUAUGGUAUUACCAUUAUUGAAGGCUCAAUAAACUCGGGCUUGUAUGUCGACAUUUUGAAGACACCAUUGGACGACACUCUUGAGCACUUUCGGAAGACAUUAUCUGAUGUGCGAUUUCAACAAGACAAAGCAACACCGCAUACCUCGGACAUUACUAAGCAAUGGUUCACCGACAAUGGGUUCAACCUAGACGAAAAUAUGAAUUGUCCACCCCAAAGUCCCGAUCUUAGCCCCAUUGAAGAUGUAUGGCAUCUCCUAAAGCUUCGUCUUAAUAAGUGCUCCACUAGACUCUCUACAAAAGAAGAACUAGAGCGGCGUAUUAACUUAGAAUGGUACAAAAUAACAGAAAACGAGUGCCAAAAAUAUAUUGAUAGUAUGCCUGCCCAAAUCAAGGCUGUCAUCAAGAGCAAAAGUGGUUCAACUCACUAUUAA